GCCAAGCAUGAUUAUUCAGUUUCAUUUUCAUGCAAACGCUAGAUUCUGUACCGGAAUUUUGAAGAAAUUAAAAACUAAAGCAAUUUAAAUUACUUUAAUGCAAAAUUUCAGGAAAAAUUUUGAAAAAUGUCGUGGAAUACGGAAGUUGUGGAGCGUACGGACUUGGAGCGUGUUGGACAGUUUGUUGACGGGCCUUACGACACUGAUGUCACCCUAUUUCGGCCUGAUAUCCAAGCGUUGAUGGGAAGGGACCCCGACGUGAAGGAAGAUCCCUUACGACUCGACGGUCCAUUUCCAAUUCUUCCGGGUCACAAGUUGAAAGCAGCAACUAAUGAUUGGACAUUUUCACCCUUCCUGUAUUUAUGGGAGGAAGAACCGUACGAAGACCCUGGAGCGUGGAGGAGGCGAUACAAAGCCGAACAAAAAGAAAAGGAUAUCAGUACCGACCCAUUUAUUUCAAGCUUUGGAAGCAAGACGAUGAACGGUCUGGGGACAUACUACGGAACAUUCAUCAAAGAGAUGGAAUCAUUUAGUCCUGAAGCUAACGAAGUUACGGACGACAGACUCAAAGGAAUUGCCAAUUUUUUAACCAGCCCUGGAAAGAAGGGGACCGGAUAUGGCUACCUGGACAUUACGAUAAAUAAAUAUCCAGAGAAUAUGGAAGAUCCGUUGUAUGAUUUGACCGAGGCACGUCGCCUGAUGCGUGAAGAAUUCGAAGCUGCAAUGGUUGGAGAAAAGUGGGUCCCUACGGCACAUCCUGGCAAUUUCUUUGACCCAAAUCCUUUCCGAGACAGUAAUGAUCCUGAGGGUACGAUUGAAACGUAUGACUGGGACAGGCUAAUUCCUCCUUCCGGUUUUGAAGAUAUUACUCCUUGGGUUCCAAACAACCACACUAAAAAGAUUAACGGAAAUAAAGAUGUGAUCUCUCCACUCGAGAGAUUCCCGUCUUACGAUCCUAGUGAUGAGUACCAAGCCAUUCCUCCCAACAUUUUCAGACAAUUGGAUCCCAGCCCGGAAUUGGCCCCUUGGAAAGCACAAUUUGGAAAUCGCAAACGCCAGCAACGGUCCGUAAUUCAGUACAACAUUAACCUGUGGGUGAACCCUAUGACUUUUCAUCUUGUUUGAAGUCUUUGAAGAGCAUUUCCAAUUUUUUCUGUAACAUUUUUUGUACGUUUUGUAACUUUACUAUGAAACAAAUUCACGGUGUGCCAAAUCUAUUUGUAAAUUAAAGCUAUUUUACACUGA